UUUCAGGUCUUGUAAUGCAACCAUCUACCGUUCCAACGGAAACUUUGCAAAGUCGCAUGUCGGGAUUCAAUGAAAGACUCAAAAAAGCGACGAAUGUAACGGAGCAGGUAGCAGUUAUGGAGGAUAUGAAAAAGGAUUCAGAAGUGUACGAUUCUUGGUCUAAGCAUCGACAAGCUCAGCUGAAAUACGCUUACACAAGUUUUCCCACAAAGUUUAGAGAAAUGAUGGGAGGGUCGAGUAUUCGUGAAGAAGAAACAGAGGAAAUCGAUACACAGAAUUCUAGCGAGACCGAAGAGCCGUCCAUCGCCGAUGCUAUAGCUAGUCGUCAAGAAUUUUUGAACAAACUGGUCGAAACCACGGAUCAGUUGAUAGAUAUUACUGUAGACAAAUUCAUUUCUCAGCUGAAAAAUUGUCAUAUUAGAAAGCCCGAAACCCCAUCAGAACCAAGCCGCGAGGCUUCUCCCGCUCCAAGACUUUCAAGCCCAUUUGAAAGAAUUAUAGACGAGACUACGGAACUUCUAGCAAAAUGUGCAUCUUCCGGGCCCCCUGAUCAUUCACUACGGUCAUCAAUUCUAGAAACUUUAUUCAGCGAAAUUAAAGGAAAGUCUUCUGAUGUUUCGUUAGUAACAAUUUCUGAAGAAUCAGAAAAAUCAGAAGAAUCAGAAGAAUCAAAAGAAGAUAAAGGCUCUCAAUCUCUCAACACAUCAUCGAUCUCAACAGAACCUAGUCCCGUGCAAACAUCAAUUUUGAAACCUCCUCCAAUGUAUCCUGAGACUGCAAGUUUCCCUCAUCGUAAGAUACGAUCAGGUGCAUACUCACUGUAUCCACCUCCACAGCCGAGCCAGCAAUUCGUUCAUUCUCACAAUUUUCACCAACCAAAAUUUGAUGCAUCUUCAAUGUUAUCUACUGGAUAUUGCCCUUCACGGAAUGUUGCCACUUUUAAAGUGGACAAACCUUACGGUACCGUAUUCACUUAUGAUCAUCAGAAUCGAAAGUUCCAAGAGCACUGUUGUGUCGAGUGUCGGGAACAGAUUGAAGAAAACGAUUUAUACCCACUUUAUGCAGUUUGGUGUGAGAAAAUCUCGAAUCAUGUGAUUUUUAUGGAAAUUGGAUUCACCGAGGAAAUUGGACAAUUCGUCUUCUCCUUCAAAACUGGAGGAUUCGAGCAGGUUGAUUUUCCGGAACUGGUUUUCUCUGAGCACGUGGAGUACAAUGGAAGCUUUGUCGCGAUGAUUGCAGGAGAAGGAGAAGACAAGGUGAUCAUUGAAAGGGACGAAUCGGGAGAAAAAGUUAGAAAACUUCUUCAUAAGUUCGGGCACUCGGUUCAAAUCCCGUAUGCUCCUGUCAGACCAUUAUGGAUGCAAAAAGCUGAAGAACCCGUGGAAGAAGACGUUGAACCGGAAUCUGACGCUGAACCUGAGGAGACAUUGGAUGCUGAGCACGUAUCCUACAUAACCUCACUUCCCACCUAUAAAAAAGAAUACUGUCAAACCUAUGAGAUGGAUGUCCUUUACAUGCUUCAACCCAACGGCCAGUACCUUAAAUAUUCGUUGAACGACGAUGAAAACGAGCUGAACUUGCAUGUAUGUGAUUGUUGCAAGACUGGAACCACUGAAAAUGAUCUGAUCCCAAAGUACUCCGAAUAUUGUGCUAAAACUUGCAAAUACAUCAUCCACGUCCAGAACCAAUUCACAGAGAAAAUGGAGACAUAUGCAUAUGAUUGUGAGAAGAAGCGAUUCCAUCAAGUCACUUGUCCAGGAUUAGUAUACGAUUCGGAAAAAGUACAGGAGGGAAAUAUUUUCUUUAUACUAGAGCAAAAUUCCAUGCAGGGAGUCGAAGUAAUUAUGAGAGAUGAUGAUGGACAGCUGAGAAAAGAGCAGUUUUGUAUGGUGAAGAAGCAAUUCGUGAAGCUUCCGAAAACUACCGUCGCAACGUUUGCCGUGCAGAUUGCUGAGAAGAAAAUGAAGAAUCUGCUGCCGAAUGUUGAGAUUUUUCUUCCUUGGCCACAAAGAUUUACUCCAAGUUUGUCACAAUGUUCUUCUGUUCAAGCAAUGGUUAUUCCAGAAACAAAUCACCAAUUGAUUUCAUCGCCACAACCGACACCAUCUGAAAUUGAUUGAAAAUCUUCUAUUUUUUCGUAAUUUGUAAAAAAAAAUUUGUAAAUUCGAACAUUCUCUGUCUUUUAAUAUCUGAAAUUUUCUUUGUAACGUUGCUUUUUUACAAUAAAAUACCUUCAGUCGAUU